AUGGUUUCGAAAAUCAGGCGAGUCGCUACUGCAGCAGCAAGAAGAGCGGCUGUACGCAUGCGUGCAGCCGCGGAAAGUGCCUCUUACGCCUCAAGAGCAGGCGAUUCUUCGUCUGUUGUCGUGAAUCCUCCACGUGGUGAGUCACCACGUGCGACAGGUACAUCCGUUACGUCUGCAGCAAGUACCUCGAAUUGUAAUCAAGUCAAGUCUGAGAUAGAGCUCAUGUAUUUUGGCGAGUUGGAUGAUGCAUCCGACUCGAAGGUGACCCCUCACGUCUCGGGAUCACCCGAGGAGGACGCUACAAGAGCCAGGCUAGCUGGCUCUGGUCAGUGCGGCAGUAUCAUGACCGAGAUCUUCGGAUCGAGUGAUUAUUCCGACGAAUCUUUGCCUCCCGCAAAUCCAUUCAACGAUAUGACGCGUGGUUAUGGUGGUGAUGCACCUGUACAUCACCACGAGCAGAGUAACGCAAGAGAUAGAUCUGCCACUGGUGUCAGUGCUCACGCUGGCACCAAUCAAGAGGCCAGGGACCGAAAUAUCCUGCGUCACGCUCCUCAAGUUGAGUUUUCGUGGUAG